GCUGCCAUCUUGCGGCCGCGCUGAGCAGUUGCGAUGUGCGGCUGGUUGUGUGGGGCUUUGAUACCGCUCCUGUUUAUGGCGGAGCUGGAGGCGCGUAGCGCUUCUUCACGCUGACAGGCAGGAGCUUCUGCCUUCCUGCCCCUGCGGUUACUCAAACAAUCAAACCGCGCCGCUCCUUUCCGCCUCCCCAACCGAACCACGCCUUUCGCGUCUCCCUGUGCCUCGCGGCGGGCGGUCACACGGCGGUGACGCGACGCUCCCCCCGCCCCUCCAUCAUGGCGGCGGCGGCAAAUUAGGGCAGAGCGAGCUCUGCCCGGUGCGCGCGCGCGCGCCCACCACCCCCGGCGGCUGCGGCCCGGCCCGGCUCAGCGCCGCUCCUCGCCCCGCCCGGCCGGCCCCUCUCCCUCCCCUCUUCCUCCUCCCCGCCCUUCGGCGGCGGCCGCAGUUCUAGCUGUAGCGAGGACUCAAGUGAAUGUUUCUGGUAAAGGAUUUCAAGAAUUUGAAAUACACAAGAAGAGGAAUUGCCUCCCACAAUGUAGACUUCAGGAAGUGUCCAGUAACUUAGAGAAAACCCUACGUGCCCAAUAAGAGCACUGACACAUUGCAAGCCAACCCGAUGGCGUCCUCUACUGCUGUGCCUGUAGGAUUUCACUAUGAAACAAAAUACGUAGUUCUCAGCUACCUGGGGCUCUUAUCACAAGAAAAGCCACAGGAACAUCCUCCUGCUUCAACUCAAGGGACUCCACAACAGCUUAUGGCACAACAUGCUUCAGAGAAAGAGGCUUUGGAAAAGAUUAAAAUAGAAAUCGAGGAGGAGCUAAAACAUCUUGAUGAAGAGAUCUUGGAAGCUUUUACUACUACAGGAUUUGACUGCCACACUUCCCCAGUGUUCAGUCCUGCCAAUCCAGAAAGCUCAAUAGAAGAUUGCCUGGCUCAUUUAGGGGAGAAGGUAUCCCAGGAACUGAAAGAACAUCUGCACAAAGCACUAGAGAGCUUGCUUAGCAAGCCAGUAACAUAUCAAGAAUAUCGAGAGCGCACACAAGAGACAGCUGCGCAUGCCAGCGGAUGGAACAAGGUCUUGGUGCCCCUGGUUCUGCUACAGCAAUUUCUGAUGGAAUUAACCAGAAGAGGCCAGGAGCCACUGAGUGCACUUGUGAACUUUGGGGUGACGUAUCUAGAAGACUAUUCUGCAGACUAUAUCAUUCAACAAGGAGGUUGGGGGACGGUCUUUAGUUUGGAGUCUGAAGAGGAAGAGUACCCCGGCCUCAUUGCAGAGGACAGUAAUGAUAUCUACAUCCUGACCAGUGACAACUCAGGCCAAGUGAGCCCCCCGGAGUCCCCAACGGUGACCACGUCGUGGCAGUCGGAGAGCCUGCCUGUCUCCCUGUCAGCAAGCCAGAGCUGGCACACAGAGAGCCUGCCCGUCUCCCUGGGGCCGGAGUCCUGGCAGCAAGUGGCCAUGGAUCCUGAAGAAGUCAAGAGCCUGGAUAGCAACGGCGGGGCUGAAGAAAGGAGCGAGAACAACUCUUCCAACUCCGACAUUGUUCAUGUGGAGAAGGAAGAGAUACCGGAGGGGAUUGAGGAAGCAGUGGUGUCAGCGGUCGCUGCAGAGACCGUGCAGGCAGCGUUUCCAGAAACCCCAGCUUCGUUACAGGAAGCAAAACCUCAAGCUGAAAUUGUUGCCGUAGAAAAAGCACAUCCCUCUGCACGUCGUACGAAACAGGAGGAGAAGGGAAAAGCAGCCGAAGAGCUUGUUGAACCUGAAAUCCCUGUGUUAAGUAAACCUGUCCCAAAGAUAACCCCAACGGAAGAAAGGGCUGCACCAGAACCUGAGAAAAUACUGCUUCCAGGGGAAAAAAAAGUGGGGAAAGAGGGCCCUUUGGAAGAAAUAGAAGAGAAAUCCUCCGCUGCAGAGGAGAAGCCUAUCUUAUUGCCAGAAGGGAAAUCGAUAUUGCUGUAUGGUGGGGCUGCUGCAGUGGCCAUAUUGGCUGUGGCAGUCGGAGUAGCGCUGGCGCUUAGGAAAAAGUAAAAGAGCUCUCUUGAGGAGGUGGUGGGAGAGAGAGAAGCGAGCGCGAUCCAAUUGUUGUAGUUGUGUUACCUAAAGGUUGAGCUGCCUGCUGUGUAAUUGGACAUUUGAGUAAUGGUGACGGGGUGAGGUCGUUCAGUAAGCCUCCAGCUAUGGACAAUCACGUUUUUAGUAGAAUUGGGGCGGGGACUGGUUUUUCCUGAUUAAAGUACAGGGGUAUUUUUAAAAACAAGACAAAUAAUAAUAAAUUCUGCAAAUGUAAGAACUGAAGUGCAGGUGCUGAAGAAAGGGGUGCUCGUACUCGAGGAACUGGAACAGAGAAUCCCUGGGGAAGGGUAGAGCCAGCUGCUGCCAACCCCUGGAGUUUUUGGCUUCUCCGAGCGACUGCUGCUGCAGCUGUGCUGUCUGUCACUUCCCUGUGCUUCCCGAGCCCUUCCUAGCCCAAGUCCUGCAGCGAGAGGCUGGUCUCCUUCUGGCUCAGCUUCCUCUCAGGUACUGCACUGCUCCUUGUAACCUUGCAGGUUCUUCUUCAACCCCAGCAGGAGAGUGCUUAUCCUUACCUCUUUGCUCCCACCCAUUCUGGCCCUUAACAGUCUCUGAAGCCCCCAUACAGAUGCUGCCUCUCUGUUGUAGCGGUACUCGCUCUGAGCACCCCGUGUUCUGCAGGGUGAGGUGCACACAGCGCCUGCGGCUGUCGGGCAGGGCGGGAGGGCUGCUGUGCUUGGCUGGUGUGGGAAUCCAUUUGCUGUGCUCCUGCCUGCCUCACUGCCACCCUUCAGAUAGCGGAGACGCACAGCUUAUGCUGGACAUGGUGCCAUUCGGUAAGCACUUGGAUACCAGAGUGUAUUCAGCAAAUGUGGCAAAACUGUGUGCAAGGAAGGCCAGUGCCUCCUGUUUGAUUCGCAGGUUCAACGCUCUUUUGUCCUGUAUCAUGCUGCAGUCUGUGUCGUCUUUCACAGGUUAAGCGCAGGGGGAAUGUAGUCCUGCUGUGGUCUUGGCCGUGACAGAAUCCCACGUAUAUAAAGCAGUGGAUUCUGGUCACUAAGCAAAACAGCAUUAAACACCUUUUCCUAUUUACCCGUUCCCGAGCCAACCCAGAGUGUUGUGCAGUGCAAUUUCUUUUGCGACUCUGAAUGUGUAACAGUUAGUGACGUUUGCAGGUUCACAAACGAUCAGGACGUAGCUUUGGAAAAAGCAAACCCCUCUUCCUGCAGACACAACACUUCAGGAGCAUGCAAGGAGAAGCCUUGAAGGCACGGCUGUACCAACAGGCCUGCCAGAGCUGGUUGCAGGCAGUUCCUUUGGGAGCAUCUUUGUGUCCCCCCUGCUCUGUACGGCAGCUCUGUGGGUAAGGUUGCAGAUUGGACAGUAGUACUGAUGCAUCUCUGAGGGCUGAUGGUGGCACUGUGGCUUAGAGCAGGUGGAGAUAGGGGGAAGGGGACUCAGGAUAGUGUUAAAAUCAAAACAUGAGCUUACAGUAAGCUUACUUUUCAUAAAGCACAAAGACAAGGUACUUUAUCUCUAAACAACCUUAUCUAGAGUAUUCCCUGCAAUGAGCCUGUUUCUUAAGGGAUCCGAUAAUCCAGAGUUUUUUAGCACAUUCUCUGUUUCAGCUUCUUGUUCCCAUCCCUCUCGCACUCAAUGCUGGUAAGUCAGUAAGAAGCUAGUAGCGUCUGGGAAUUCUCUGCGUAAGGUUUGUUUGAGAAUGGAUUUUGUAGGAAAUGUCUCAGGUUUGGAUUUGUGUGACUUUGAAUGGUGAAAGGAAGGGCUGUGCCUUGUGUAGCCCUGCUGGGAGGGGAGCCCCAGCUCAGGAGCUGUGGAUCAGUGGUGUGUGGAUCAGAGAUGGCUCUUCUGUGUGUAAGAGGGAGUAAGCUGGCCUUAAGAGUUAAAAUAAAACAAAAAGCAACAAGAAGAACCAAAACACGUACUGUGUUGCAAAAUGGAAUUGACUUUGUAUGCUCCUUUUGACAUGUAAGAAUGUGUACAGUUUUGCUUCAUUUCACAUCUGACAGCGUCCACGGACGAGUGAUGUGAUACGUGAGGGCAGCUGAUUGUUGGGGGUUCCCCUCUACUGCUGCUUUGCUGAUGGCUGUUGUGUCCCUGCUGUUCCCUGUGGCCAUGGGGCUGCUUUAACCCCAGCUGCAUCCUCUCCUUUCUGAAGGCAAGGUGUUGACAAGGGGGAAGAUGCCCCAUCUGCAGCCACUCAGCAGGUUGUGCAUUAGUCCCUGGACCUGCUCUGAAGCAGAGAUAGAUGCUUCGGACGUGCUGGGAAUAACCUGUGUGCACGUAAGGGCGUGAAGUCAUUCCCUGGCUCUUCUCUUGAUGUGGUUAUGUUGCUAGUAGUGCAGGAGGUGGGUGCAGGGCAGAUGACAGUAUGUUUACCAGGGAAACAUCCCUUAUUGACACAUAGGGCUCAGUGGGGCGUUAAGUAAGAAGUGUCUUCUUUCCUAUAUAGCAGCAGCAGUAAGGAAAACAAAUGCUUUGGGGAUUUUUUUUUAAAGCAUUUUCACGGUGGGGUGAAAGACCCAACUAUGGGGUAUUGUGCAGCAUGUAGAGGAGUGCCUGCUGCAUUUUGGUUGCUUGGCUCCUUCUUUACAUACUUCCCAUCUUUAGGGCCGUAGAGAAAUAUCUGACCAUUCAAAAAUAACAUCUACCUUCUUCCUCCCCCAUCCCUCUAACAGUGUGUGUAGACAGGAAGGCUGUUGUGUAUUCCUUUUCCCUCUAGGAACACUCCAUUAGCUGGAAAGGUCGCUUACAGACUUGAAUUCUGAGCCUGCUGUUCUUGGUCAGCACUGGAGCAGGCCCUGGGGGAGUCACCAGAAGGUUGUGUAGCCUUAGUAACGUGUUCUAAUUGAGCUGGGUGCUGGGCUACUUGCCCCAUUGCAGGAGUGAAUUAGAGAGUGGAGGAGCUUUCUCCUAUCUUGGAGCACUCUGAAGCAGUCCUUAACAGGCGGUCUGAGUACCCUGAACUGGGUGAGGCAACCUCUGUUUAGUGGAUCUCUUGCAGCUGGCGGAGGAGAGGCGGUGGGCUAUCUAUCUACUUAAAAAAAAGCUUCUAGAAUUGCUCUCACUUGUGUUACUUACUCCCUUCCCAAAAGUGCCUCAAUACGUCCUUGAGUGGCCUGUACCUUAACAAAGGAUCUACCUUAGACCCAUUUGUUCUUCACCUUAUCCUUGUCUGCAGCACAUCCUCAAGCUGAGAUGAUAAAACAAAGGGCUGGACCUGCAAAGCGUGUGAAACGCUGCACUCUGCGUGCCUCUGUGCACGGCUGAGACUUGUUGGAAGCCACAGGUAGCAUAAAUAAGGAGCUGUCAGGAAAACUGCUUUCGAGAUGAGCUGAAGUGCAGUGAGAUGCAGUGGAAGCGUGGUCUUUUCCAUUCUGCUCCAGGGUUUGGACAGCAGCAGCUUAACUUGUUCAGGAUGCUGUGGUGCUGGCAGCUGGCUCUUUCUUUCCUAACCUGCCUGUUGUCCUGGCUGGGGCUGUGCUCUGGGGGUGAAAGCUGUAGCGCUGAGUGCUUUGCACAGAGCAAGGUCUGUUGCCAGAAUCCCGUUUCCUUCUUAUGCAGUGUAGCUCUGAGCACAGCUAGGCUGACGAUUUGGACCAUAUUCUUAAACUAAUCGAUGCUUUCUAAUGGUCACAACUGGAAAAGCGUUAAAGUUAGGUUGGAAAGUUUACCCUUUCAUUGUAAUGAUGUAGUAAACAAAAUAAUUGAGGUCAUAAAGCCGUCCUUCCAUUGAACCCACAGGGGUAUGGCAGUCCUAGCAAAGCCCUGCUAAGGCAGGUGUUAAUCAAUCAGGCAGAAACCAACAUGCUUCUGGCAGCACGGUCGUUCCUUCACCAAACCAGAACAAGCUCACGCUUUAAGAUUUGUCUCUAAGAAUGUAAGUCAGUGUCACGGGUUAACCUAGAUUGUUUAGCUGUGAAUGUCUGGGAAGAGGGGAGCAGUGAGCACCCACCCCAUUCACCAUGGGUGCAUAUAGCCCAGGUCUUCCAUUGAAUGUCUCAUUUUAGGCACAAAACAUACUGACGGCUGGCUGGUCCUGUAUGUUUUCUUCAUUUUAGGCACAAAACAUACUGACGGCUGGCUGGUCCUGUAUGUUUUCUAUUCCAGUAGGUCACAGGAGAAUGUGUUUCCCAGUGAAGCACGGAGCAGUGAGGCGCUUUACUGCCUGUACCUAAUGAAGGCAGAAGCUGUGCAUGUUUGGCUCAGUCUGCUUAACUUCAGUACUAGGAGGCUACAAGAGCAGCAGCGCUUUGACUGUGUGCAUCUGUGCUGUGCUUCAAAGUGCAAGCUAUGUAUUGUCAUAAAAAAAAAAACCCAACAAACAAACAGGGUGGGAGGGGGUCACAUGUAAUCCACCAGCAGUCACUCUGGUCCCCCGAGCUCAGGCCCCUAUGGAGCAGGACGUACAGUGCUUGCUUUAUGCAAAGGCUCUGCGGCUGCUUGUGGUCAUGGCUGGAGAACAAGAGCUGCAGCAGCUUGGAAGGGGGCAGCUGCAGCAUUACCAAUACAUCCAGGGGAACCAGAACACAUCGCUCAGCUUCACCUACUGUGUUAAAUGACUUGGUCACUUUUUUUCUACUUUGAGCUGACCCUCUUUCAGUCUCUUAGGUAGGCUGACUUGCUUCCUCCUGGGUAGAAGUCUCAUGGUUUGCUGUAGGAGAGAGGGAGCUGCAGUUAGCUUCCAGUGGAAGCUGCUUUUGAUCUCCCUGCAGUAUCUGCAGGGGAGAUAAGGAACACUAUAGAGUUGGACAGAACAAGCUGCAGAGGAUGCAUCUUAUCGCUAUACCUUUAGGGGGUCUCUCCCCAUUUUUAUCUUGCAUUAUAAGCUUUUAUUCAAGUGUAAAGCUAAAACCCACUUGAGUUAAGUAGCAAAGACUAAUGGGAUGGACUCCACAUGCAUGACCAGGGAGGUCCUCCAUCAGGCUUCCGCUGGCAGGCAGCAGGGAGUGCAGGUCCUGUUCCUGAGAGACCAGCCUGGGGGAAGAGACCCAGCCUGGGCUGAGGGCAGCCCCUGCCUGCCCCAGGAACCGGUCAUGCUAUUCCUUUUAAUAUGCAAGUGCAGCUCUCUUGGGGAAAGCUAUCUAAAGCUUCUUGUGCCAUUUGGUUCAUACAAGCGUUUCCAUCUUUAAAAGAAAGUUCUUUCCAGCUUCAUUGUUCUUGAACCAGUUGAAGUGAAGGGGUAUGUACAUUUUUCCCUCUGCCACUGGGACACUGCUGUAAGGCCAUGCCCCCAGGUUGCACUUUAAUAAAUGGUACAGUUUUCAAAAACA